ACGGGCAAAAUUCUGCAUAUUAGUGGGCAUUCUUGAAUGUUUCUUCUAAUAUAUCCCUUACUCUUCUUGCAAUGUAGCCAGACCUUUAUGAUUUCAGAAUGUAAAUCUUGGGCUCACUAAAUUUUUGCAAGUAGAACAAAUUCAUCUUUUGCUUUUCUUCCCACUUGCUAAAGUAUGUCUGUAUCCUUUGUGCCUGCAAGUAUCCUAUGUAGGAGGGAUUGAUGGAGCAGAUAUUAUUUCAUUUCUGUAGGGAAAACAAAUCCAGGAAGGGUGAAGUACAUGGUGGAAUCAAGAGCUAAGCCCUUGUUUCUUGACCCCCAGCUUCUGCAUAUUUUCUACCAGAUGAUUCUGUGGUCUCCAUGCCUUGGUUCCUAACUAUAGAUACAAAAAACUAGGCAUGUAGAUAGAUAGUUAGAUAGAUACAGGGGCCUACCCCAGACCAAAUAAAUUAAAAUCUCUGAAAAUGAGACCAGGUUUGGAAACCACUGUUCCACCCUGUGUUGUCAGAAGCAAACCUAAAUCCAGGACAGCUGCCUUGGUAAUGUCCAGGGCUCCAGGAAGAGAUGUCCCUGUGGCUGGAGGCCCCCGUGCCUGAUGCUUCUCCUGACUCUGCAGCGGAGCUGUGGGAGCCAGAUGCACAAGAUGCCAGCAGCCAGGCGCUGGGAGGCAACACCUGCAUCCUCAGGGAGGAAGCCAGCACUCCCCAGUCCGGUGGGGGCUCUCUGGGGGCAGGGCUGGAGGCAGCAGAGCCUGCAGUCCUGCUCCCUGGGGUGGAUACCCCUCCAGAGUCUACAGAGCUCCGUCCACAAAAGCGGAAAAAGGGGCCAGCCCCCAAAAUGCUGGGGAACGAGCUGUGCAGUGUGUGUGGGGACAAGGCCUCCGGUUUCCACUACAAUGUACUGAGCUGUGAGGGCUGCAAGGGGUUCUUCCGCCGCAGUGUCAUCAAAGGGGCGCGCUAUGUCUGCCACAGUGGGGGCCACUGCCCCAUGGACACCUACAUGCGUCGCAAAUGUCAGGAGUGUCGUCUUCGAAAAUGCCGCCAGGCCGGCAUGCGGGAGGAGUGUGUCUUGUCAGAAGAGCAGAUCCGCCUGAAGAAACUGAAGCGGCUAGAGGAGGAGCAGGCUCAGGCCACGUCCAUGCCCCCAAGGGUGUCCUCACCCGCCCAAGUCCUGCCCCAGCUCAGCCCCGAGCAGCGGGGCAUGAUUGAGAAGCUGGUGGCUGCCCAGCAGCAGUGUAACAGACGCUCUUUUUCUGACCGGCUUCGAGUCACGCCUUGGCCCAUGGCACCAGAUCCCCAGAGCCGGGAGGCCCGUCAGCAGCGUUUUGCCCACUUCACCGAGCUGGCCAUCGUCUCUGUGCAGGAGAUUGUUGAUUUUGCCAAACAGCUACCUGGCUUCCUGCAGCUCAGCCGGGAGGACCAGAUCGCCCUGCUGAAGACCUCUGCGAUCGAGGUGAUGCUUCUGGAGACAUCUCGGAGGUACAACCCUGGGAGUGAGAGUAUCACCUUCCUCAAGGAUUUCAGUUAUAACCGGGAAGACUUUGCCAAAGCAGGGCUGCAGGUGGAGUUCAUCAACCCCAUCUUCGAGUUCUCCAGAGCCAUGAACGAACUGCAACUCAAUGAUGCUGAGUUUGCUUUGCUCAUUGCCAUCAGCAUCUUUUCUGCAGACCGGCCCAACGUGCAGGACCAGCUCCAGGUAGAGAGGCUGCAACACACAUAUGUGGAGGCCCUGCAUGCCUACGUCUCCAUCCACCACCCCCAUGACCGACUGAUGUUCCCACGGAUGCUAAUGAAACUGGUGAGCCUCCGGACACUGAGCAGUGUCCAUUCAGAGCAAGUGUUUGCACUGCGCCUGCAGGACAAAAAGCUUCCCCCGCUGCUCUCUGAGAUCUGGGAUGUGCACGAAUGACUGCUCUUCCUCCCCCCACCCACACCCCCAUAUCUUCUGUUUUCUGGGCUGGAAGGCUGAUGCGCCCGGCUGCUUCCUAGAGGUGAAGCAGACUGAGAAGGGCAAACAUAACUCAGAGCUGGGCAAAGGAGAUCCUCGAGUGACAUUAAAGGAGAGUCAAAGGGUUGGGAGUUUGGCUGCUGGGCAGUGGAGGGUCCUGCUGAAACUGUGCUCCAUCUGAAGCCUGUACUGCCCCAACCAAAUGGAUGGAUCUGGGGGCCACUCUGCACAAGGUUCUCCCAGGCCCUGCCGGUCCUGCCUCCACCACUUCCUGUUUUCCCCACAGGGCCCCCAGAGAAAUUCUCUGCUGUCACUCUGUGGCUUGGCCAUAAAUGCCUCGGGGCUGCCUCAC